AUGGAUGGCCCCACGAGUCGACUGCCCUCUAUCGUCACCCCGUACCUCCCGCCUGGUGUCCCAGGAGCUCGCCCUGGCCUAGCCGACCGUCGCAGCAACAAGGAUUUCUACUUCAGUGGCCUCCCAUCCAGCGCCCCGCCAACGUCUACAUACGGUGUUGACCCUCCACGCCCUGCAAAGGAGGGCUACGAAUGGGUGUGGUUCCCCGAGGGAUACUGGGCUGAGCGCGAACGUCAUGACACUCCAAGCAGUUAUUCCACUGGAAAACCCUUCAAGUGGCGGAAGCGGUCGGCCAAAGGCAGCUCAAGUCGCGAAACAGACUCGACCGGCUGGCAGGUAAGUCCCAAAAGCGCAUAUGGUAACCGAGUCGGGAUCGACGAGAGUAGCAAUGCCCCGCUGCCCAGCCCCUAUUUGACCGAGGAGGCGCAUGUCCAGUCAUUACAAAGGCCAAGAUUGUAUCGAAUGGGGUUCAGUGAAGACAAUACCAGGAGUCUGCCAUUGGUAAGAUUGCAGCAGGUCUUGAGCAAUGGCACACAGCCGAGCAGCCCCUUGAGCAAUGUCACCGUUUCCGACUCGACCACACCACAGGCCGGUGUGCCCUCUUCUACCGAGAGGACCUCGCGGCCUGGAUCCAGCUUGGGGAUCUUGUCGCCAAAGAGGUCGAUGGGGAAGACACCGCCGAAAUCUCCUGGUUCUCCAAACAACGGGUUGAAACGAUCUUUCAUGGGAUUUUGGUCCCGGGCACCAGCCAAGACAACAGCCGAACAGGCUGAACCAACAGAUGUUGUGGACACAGACGCAACUGUCGAAGCCGCCAAGCAACAGCUCAAGCAAAGCACAAGUUGCAACCCUAUCAGCCGCAUUUCGUCUCUUUUGCGCGACGAAACCAAGAGUCCCCAGUCUCAAGGCAAGCCAAGGCAACGCAAGCUCUUCGGCAAGAGCCCCUGGUAUCGCAAAGCCUCGCAUGGCUCCGAGAACAGCGUGUCGAGCUCGAUUCGCGACAUCCUUCGAGGCCUAACACCCAUGGCCACACCCACGUCGGAGACGGGUGCAAAUCGCAGAAACUCGAGAGAUUGGACAGAGACGUACCCCGGCGGUGAAGCAAGACGAAUCAAAACGCCCCCUCUUCGCGCAAGCACAGCAGACCGUCCUUGUCGGUCCUUCUUCUUCGAUAUCAACAGGGCCCCUCAAACGGCGUCUUCGCCUCUCACCCCACCGGAAGAAGCCGCCCUCAAAUGUCCAUCGAAGCGAGCCACGAAAUCAGAGCACACGACCAAGGAGUGGUGGGAGGUGCCACUGGCUACUAUGCGCUGGGAGGACUUGGGCCCCAAAAGCUUCGAAUUUGACCUGCCUGAGCAUCUGCCCAAUAGCCCCAUGUGCCCGGCGAACAAGAAACACAAGUCGGGCGGCACCGGGGUUUGCGUCUAUCAUGGCAGGAGGAAGAGGAGCAGUACGCUCGAGGGGAGUGAAGCAGAUCCUGCAAGGGAUGACGUGUUCAACAGUGGGAAUGAACAACCUGACCCCUGA